GACCACGGCGGAUGCGUCGCGGCGGCUCUGUCGUUCCGCGAGUCCGUGGCGCGGCAGCGUGGUUAACUUCCUUUCGUGCGGUACGAAAAAGCCGUGAGCGUACACCAUCAAUAUGGUGAAAAUUAUGAAAAUAGGGAAAGUCGUGCUGGUCCUCAGCGGCCGGUACGCGGGAAGGAAAGCCAUCGUCAUGCGCAAUUACGAUGAGGGGACAGCGGAGAAACAAUACGGGCAUGCUAUGGUUGCAGGCAUCGACCGGUACCCGCGCAAAGUCCACAAAAGGAUGGGGAAGGGCAAGCUGCAUAAACGUUCUAAAAUCAAGCCCUUCGUUAAGAUCCUAAAUUACAACCACCUAAUGCCAACGAGAUACACGGUAGACCUACAGUUGGAAAAAGUGGCUCCUAAAGAUCUCAAGGACCCGAUGAAGCGCAAGAAGGUUCGCUUUCAGACGCGCGUCAAAUUCGAGGAGAGGUAUAAAAACGGUAAAAACAAGUGGUUUUUCCAGAAAUUAAGAUUCUAAUUGUUUCUAAAUAAAAGUCUGAUACACAGA